UAACUUUGCAAUCUAAUUCGUUCUCUGUUUUUCACAUUCACUAAAACUGUGCUUACUCUAACUUAGAGUUAACACUUUCAACCUCAGGUCAGUUCAAAUUGCAAAAAGAGUAAAAUAAAAUGUAUUCCAAUUAGUUCCAAACUGAAAUUUAGAAAAGUUUUUAUAAAAAUUAACAUAACUUAUGAUGCAUAUGAUCCCAGUAUAAUAUGAUGCCAAGAAGAAUUUCAGAAUAAUGCAAUUUAGGAUGACUAAGUAUUGUAGUUGUUGACAGAAGUCUUAAACUGAGAAAUGUGCAGCCAAACCUCUUGGUAUUUAAGCCAUGUACCUCAAGAAAUUAAAGAAUAUGAUUCCCUCUAAGAUUAAUCAAAUCCCACCAGCUUCUCAUAAGUCUGUUAACAAUAUCAGGGAUCAAAGUUUUGUCAUAUGAUGACAUUGAAAAUUAAAAAAAUAGACUUAAUUCUUACUAAAUGAUGAAAUCAGUCACCAAGGUUGCAUUCAGUGAAUUACUUGUCAAUCUCUCAAUAGAUUUGCACAGGAUGUAGGUGGGUCUCAAUGAAAGUUCAAUAUAUUCUGCUGGAGUCAAUCAGUUGCAAAGGAAUUAGUUUUCAAAGGGCUAUUUGAAUAUAGAAUAUCUAAUUCAAGUGACAUAGAUUCAGACCUGGAUAUGUGAUUAAGAAGUUUGCUUUCCAGCCAUACAUUUUUAUUCCAUCCUACAAUGUAGCACCCUGGGUACAUUUUUUUUCUGUGACAUCCCUGGGGCAAACUAAUGCCUUGUGCUUGAAUUUGGUUGACAGAAAACUAGAAAACCUAUUUGUGUGUGUGUGUUGAUAUUCAAUAUUUUGUCACUGCUUGAGUGAAACAACGAGGAUUGAGAGUCGUGCUUUGGUGAUAGUUGCAUAGGCUGCCGAAACAGCGUCCUUCAACUGAUGGGUAUUCUGGUAUUGCUCUUGUGAAACUCUCUUCUUGGUAAUACUCCACAGUGUUGUCGCAAGACGUGAGGUCUGGACUUCUGGGAUGCCAAUCGAGAGGUGCUGAAAGUUGUGAUCCUCACCCAUCCAUCUAUCCUGAAAAACUUCAUUCAGGUAUUUCCUGGCAUUGAUGGCAUAGUGGGGUGGGGAACCAUCUUGUUGAAAUCCACAUUCAACCAUUGGAGCUGUGAAACAAACCACUCCCUUAACAUGGCAUGGUAAGAGUGCUGGUUAACAGAGCCCUCGAAUAAAUAGGGUCCUAUCAAGUGCUUACUCGAUAUAGCAACCCAAAUCAUCACACACGGGGGGUUGUACUCCACUUCUUCAUAAUAGUGUGGCAGCCUUUGCAACAAUCACUAAAGCACAGCUUCGUAAAAUAUCACACAGGACAUAGAGUCACAUUAUUUUGUGCCACGAAAAAUAACGAUGAUCACACAGUCCUUCCCAAUGUGUGUCUGUCAAUGAAAGUGAAUAUACUAAAACCUGUACAUGUGUUUGAUAUUAUUAUAUUGUUCCUCUAGUGUUAUUACUUUUCGGUAGGGGCUGACAAGACUUUCGGACCACCCUGCACUUUAACCCAUUACCUACCAGUGAUCUUAUAUGAGAUCACUUAAAAAUUACAAAUUUCAUAAUUAUCUGUCAAUAUUUACACAUAUCUAACCUUUUUGCUAUAUCUACUAGGUAUAUUUCUCUGAUAUUCAAAUGAGGUUUGCUAAUUUUUCACCCAAUAUCUUGCUUAUUUCUAUUUAAAAUGUUUUGAAACAUUAUUUUGAUCAUUCCGGCGUGUUUCUAAGGCUGUUUUAUGCUAGAAAUCAAAGUUUCAUAAAAAAAAUUCCAGUUAAUAGAAUUAUGGGAGGUAAAAACAGAGGUUAUCCAACUUUUAUGGAAAAACAAGGUGCAGGCAAAACGUUCUUUUUCUUUUUCAUGGAACAUUUUUUUAAUUGAAAAUUUAGAUAAUUUCAUAUUUACAUACGUAACACAUACAUAAUACAAAACCACAUUGAAAUAGAAGUCCAAAACCGAGGAAAGAGAGAGAAAAAACAUAAAUUCAACAUCAAUAUACAUCUUGUUAAUAUUCUAAAUAUUAAAGCGAUUUUUUUUUUUUUUUGAAAAUGUUUUUAAAACGUAUGUAUUAUAUCUGGUUUCAAUAUUUUACUUUUAAGAAAAAUUAAACCUCUACUAGAAACUUUCAGCACCGCAUUUUGUGCUGACAUCUGCAAGUGAAAGCUAGCAUUGCGGUUGUAAUAUUUGGGUUCGAAAGUACGGCUAGAGACUAAAGAACUCAGUUUCAAUUGUUCUUGGAGAUCUCACGAGUGACUGGAAUAACAUUGAUGGAUCUCUUUCUAACCGUCAGAUAUUUACUUUGGUAAAAACAUACAACAUUGUUUGCAUCUGAAAACGAACAUCGGAUCACAUUGUCAUUUAUUGUCACUUACAGCGAAAAGGAAGGUGAUAUACAGAAGAGCUACAACUCUGUGGGUGUCUCAUUGAGUUAAUGACAGUUGCUGAGAGUUAAUUCUUCCAAGUGAAACAUUUCUCCUGAUUGUCUGGAAGGUUUAUGAGAAGAUCUUGUAUUCUAAUUAAAUUUGGACUGAUUUACAAAGACGUUUACUACCUCUUUCUGAUAACAACAAAAAUAACAGUUGAUAGAGAAACUGCAGUAGAACAGUUUUCAUCAGUGCAGUAAAAAAGAAAACAUCAAUAUAACUGUUGUGUGACACCCCCCCCCCCAAAAAAAAAAGAAUGGAUUUUUCUGAAAAAUUGCCAAAGAAGGAGGGAAAGUCACCAUACUCGUGUGAUAUCUGUCAAAAGACAUUUUCUCUGAAGGGUAAUCUUACUCACCAUAAAAUGAUUCACAGAAAGAGACCACAUUAUUGUGAUACCUGUGGUAAAUCAUUCUCUCAAAUGCAUUUAUUAACCACUCACAAACGCAUUCAUACUGAAGAAAAACCAUAUGAAUGUGAUAUCUGUGCUAAAUCAUUCUCUGUAAAAAAUAGCUUAAUCAAACACAUAGAUAUUCAUACGGGUGAAAAGCCAUAUCACUGUAAUAUCUGUGGUAAAUCAUUCUUGCGUAAGCAUUCCUUAGUUGUUCAUGAACAUGUCCAUACUGGAGAAAAGCCACAUGCGUGUGAUAUCUGUGGUAAAUCUUUCUCUCGAAUACAUCACUUGAUUACUCACAAAAAUUUCCACAUAGGUGAAAGACCAUAUAGAUGUAAUAUCUGUGGUCAAUCAUUCAUUUUAAAAAGUCACUUAAAUGGUCACAAACGUACUCAUACAGGUGAAAAACCAUAUCGCUGUGAUAUCUGUGGUAAAUCAUUCUCUCAGACGAAUGGCCUAACAAGUCACAUUCGUAUUCAUACAGGUGAGAAACCUUUUCAGUGUAAUAUUUGUGGUGAAUCAUUCUCUGAAAGAGGUAAUUUAGCUAAACACAAAUACCUUCAUACGGGAGAGAAGUCUUAUCACUGUGAUAUCUGUGGAAAAUCAUUCUUUCAAAAAGUACACUUAAAUUCUCACCUACGUAUUCAUACUGGGGAGAGACCAUAUCCCUGUAAAAUUUGUGAUAAAUCAUUCAGUAACAGAAGUACAUUAACUGUUCACAAACGUGUUCAUACAGGAGAGAGACCAUAUCCUUGUACAAUCUGUGGUAAAUCAUUCAGUAAUGGAAGUACAUUAACUGUUCACAAACGUGUUCACACAGGUAAAUAACUAUAUCACUGUGAUGCUUG